CUCAGAAUGAAAUCAGUUUCAUUUUGGAAUGUAAUCUCUCUAUCCGGGUUUAAUAAAACAGAAAAGGCAACACUUCAACAGAAGCAGCCCACUACACAUAACUUAGUGAAAAACAACCAAAAACAUGGGGGACUCAUUGACCACAUCGGACUACAACUACGAGAAUCAAGAGGAGAUAACGCCCCAGUCCGCAGUCAUCUUUAGAUUUAUGUACGUGGCAGUGUACUCAAUCACCAUUUUCCUGGGUAUACUGCUCAACACGAUUGUCAUCUUCAUGGCCAAAAAAGACAAGUUCCAAUCUGGAAAGACGUUAAUCCUGAGCUUGGCUGUCACCCACCUCGUCUUCUGCCUCUUCCUCCCAUUUAACCUGAUCAGUGCCUGGCAGGAAUUCACCUGGAAAUUUGGAGAUGAAGCCUGCAAGCUGGUGUCCUACGUGAGAAUAGUCAACAUGUUCUCUGUCUCUAUGAUGAUCACCUUCUGGAAGAUGGACUGGUGUUGUUCGAAAUCCUAUGAAAAGCACAUGGUCCUGCUGUCCUGGGUCAUCGGGGUCAUACUGAGCAUCCCUUCUCUACUGUACAGGGAGGUUCAGGACACAGCUGACGGAAAAGUCUGCCUUGAUAAGUACGAUACCACUGAAGAUCUGUUGAGGAUGACAGCAGUGAUGUGCUGCCGCUUGAUUUUUGGGCUGCUGCUACCUUUGGUAGUGACUUGUUUCAACUGUUUCAAGAAAAACAACAAAAAGUUAAAUUGA